GAGAACAUGGGUGGUCCUUGUAUCUAGGAAAUAGUGUAGGCAACGCACCGGUGGUAGCGUGACUGUUAGCAUCACGCACCAAACUGUAGUUUUUAUCAUUUCUUAUCUGAAAUAAAUAGUGAAAAUGGGUGAUGAUGAGGAGAAAUACGACGGGAUGUUGCUCGCCAUGGCGCAGCAGCAUGAAGGAGGAGUGCAGGAGCUGGUGAACACAUUCUUCAGUUUUCUAAGGAGGAAAACAGAUUUCUUCGUAGGAGGAGAGCCUGGAGCCCCAGAGAAGCUGGUUAAAGAGGUGUUUGCUCAUCACAAUCAGCUUGCCCUCAAAGUUCAGAAAGAGAAACAGUCCAGACAAGAGAAAGAGAAGAAAGAGAAGGCUGACAGAGCUGCCAAGCUGAAGGAAGAGGAGAAAAAGAGGAAGCUGGACACAGAGGAGCCCAGAAUCAAAGAACUCACAGAUGAGGAGGCCGAGAGACUCCAGUCGCAAUUAAAUCAAACAAAAGAAGAAAAGAAAAACGCAGAAGUAUCUGAGAAAACAGAUGGCGAUGCGUCAGAAAAAGACAAAAAAGGGUCGGACUCAGAAGGAGAGGAAGAUGAAAAGGACAAAGACAAGAUAAAGCCCAAUGCUGGAAACGGAGCAGAUCUUUCAAACUACCGCUGGACACAGACGCUGUCUGAAGUGGAUCUGGUCGUGCCUUUCGAUGUGAGUUUCCGUCUGAAGGGGAAGGAUGUGGUGGUGGACAUACAGCGGCGUACCCUGAAGGUGGGGCUGAAGGGUCAUCCGCCUGUGAUUGACGGGCAGCUGUACAACGAGGUGAAGGUGGAGGAGAGCUCCUGGCUCAUAGAAGAUGGGAAACUGGUCACCAUCCAUUUUGAGAAGAUAAACAAAAUGGAGUGGUGGAGCAGGUUAGUGACCACAGACCCCGAAAUCAACACCAAGAAAAUCUGCCCAGAAAACUCCAAGCUGUCAGAUCUGGACGGUGAGACGCGCAGUAUGGUGGAGAAGAUGAUGUAUGAUCAGAGGCAGAAGUCCAUGGGGCUGCCCACCUCUGAAGAGCAGAAGAAACAAGAUAUCCUGAAAAAGUUCAUGGCUCAGCAUCCAGAGAUGGAUUUCUCCAAAGCCAAGUUCAGCUGAGAGCCUCUCAAUGAUCAUCACCGUACAUGUGAUCUACGUCUCCUCUUACCCGUUCUGCUCACCUGAUCAGUUAGACAAGUUUGUUUUCGGUUAAAUGACUGUUUUACUAACAGUUCCACUGUUGAAAGUGUUAUGAUACACCAUGUCUCGUUUUUUUUGUUCUUCUUUUUUUUUUUAUAAACCAUUUCAAACCCUA